AUGAACUCCCCUGCUACAGUUAGAUUCAAUGACCCUCCGGUCACUGGAUAUAACUCAAUGGAUGUGGAUGAAUCAACCGUGUCCCGGAUGUCAACAGAUCAAUUAUAUUUUGGGCCGGCUGAUGACCCAGAAUCAUGUUCUGUGUCAUCCAAUGGUCCGGAGGUCUUUUCUCCAAUUUCCGAUCAUUCACGUCCGGCUCAAUGUGAUCAACCAGGCCUCCCGGUUCACCCGGACCUAUACAUUGGGCCUGAGGAUGACCUGAUGGCUGGGAUGCAUGAUCAGUCACUUCCGGCCCAACCUGAUAUGCUGGGUCUAGCCAUCCACCCGGAUCUCUACCUCAGGCCUGAUGAAGAUAUUAUGACUGAGAUCCCGGAUCCAUCACCUCCAGGCCCAACUUAUCACCCGGAUGUACCCAUCCACCCAGACCUGUACCUCGGGCCUGAUGAAGAUUUGAUGCCAGAAUUCCUUGCGCCUAAGUCAAACCCUAACCCUACCCUGAAAGUGUCUAUCAUUCCCGAAAUACCUUUAGCGCCUACGACACGUGUCUUCGAUGUGACUGAUGAAGAAGACAAGUUCUUUGAUUAUAAAUCUCUUCUGGCCCAACCUGAUCAACCAGGUUUCCCCAUUCACCCAGACAUGUACUUAGGGCCUGAAGAUGAUCUGAUCGACUGCGAGGUGAAGCAGGAGUGUGCUGAUUCGGAUAGUGAGGUCUCAGGUGCGCCGGUAGUAUCUAGGGCAUCAAUUGCAAAAUCUCCCGAACAUGAUUUGCCACACCCGGAUGUCACAUAUGAAGAAUUGCUUGCCAUGGUCCGGGAUCUCCGACCAUUUGAGUCUUACAAUCACACAGGCAUUCAAUCCAUUCAAGAUGGGGUCCAGGAUUACAAACAGCGACACGGACAUAUUCCCAACCCAUCCAUCCAACAACUACUCGAGGCUGAGAGACCAUUCCGAACUGCCUGGGCAAAAACAUCUGACAAACUCAGAAGAGCUGAUGAAGACCUCCAGAAGCUGCAAAGAGCUGAAUGUUUGACUUCCGAAAUGCUCAAGGUAUUAGAUUCCCUCAUUCUUAGGUUUGAAGAUCAAAUUCAAAUGUAA